ACACUGUUUACAUUAGUUGUAAAGCCAACCAAAUCAAACAAACGUCGAUUUUGAAGAUGUUCGUGGAUUUGAAGCCUAUACCAAAAUAAGUUGAAUUACUUAGGUAUAAAUACAGCUAUCAUGUAAGCAAGAAAGUAUUCGGUACAAGUAAUUCCUAUCAGACAGUUCAGCUUUGAAACUAUGAGGAUGUUUGUAUUUCUAUGUUUGCUUUCCUUGGCGCUGGCGGAACCACCUGUUCGAGAUAGUUAUCUGGACGCAGCAGAAUCACUCCAAGAUCAUGGACCACAUCAGCAAUAUAUACCAGAUCUGACUGCCCCGUCUGCACGACACCAAACCAAACCUCAACGUGUACCAACUUCAAGACUGUCCCAACAUGGUUCAAAUUUUCGGGACAAUUUGUCCCAAUUAUACGGAGCACCAAAGAAUUCCCGACUUUCACAAGAAUACGGAGCUCCAGAAUUCCGGGACAGUUUAUCCCAAGUUUAUGGACCACCAAGUAAUUCCCGACUUUCUCAAGAAUAUGGAGCUCCAGAUUUUCGUGAUAAUUUAUCACAACAUUACGGAACACCAAACCAAGAGUCCUUCAGGUCUUUAUCUCAGGAAUAUGGUGUACCAGCCACCUCACAGUAUGAUGUCACCAGUUUUCCGUCUGUUCCAAAAAGCAGCGUAACACAUUACGGUUCACCAACUACCAGAAACCUUCCAUCUAGUUCUUAUCUUCCUUCUCAACGUUCACUAUCAACGGAAUACGGAUUACCAGAUGACUUAUCUCGUAGAAGUUCUACUAGAAACUCAUCACCGGUCCAAAAAUACGGUGUACCUAAAUUCCAAAGCAGAAAAUCACAAUUUUCUGAUGCUUACAGUUCCUCCGAUCCUGUAGCAUCAGCCAGAUCAAGUGUCCAUCAAUCAAAAGUACAUUCAGAAUUUGGAACUCGUUCUUUGCCAACUCAAUAUGGCGCUCCUGAAGCUAGGAAUCUUGAACCUUUAGAGAAAUUUGGUGUCCCUAAAGCAAGAGGUAUCUCACAAGAAUAUGGACAGCCCGCUAGAUCUAUUGGUACAAAAACUAAAGCACAUGUUUCAUCAUAUUCAACAAUUAAUUCACCAACCCAGCAAUAUGGUGUACCAGAAUCUCGGAACUCUAUGCCAUCAAAUCAGUAUGGUGUUCCAAUUGAUGGAGUUUCAGAUCAGGGCUAUCAGUACGCCAGGAAUGCCUUAGAUCUAUUGAACCAGGAACCAGCAAACUAUGAAUUUGCUUACAAAGUAGACGAUUACGAAAGCGGUAGUGACUUUGGUCAUGUAGAGACCAGACAAGAAGACAAAGCUGAAGGGUCUUACUUUGUUGUGUUGCCAGAUGGAACAAAACAGGUUGUAGAAUACGAGGCAGACGAGGAGGGAUUCAAGCCGCGUAUCUCAGUGCAACCAGCUGAUGUCGACAGUCGUAACACAGGGCCGUACUAUCAUUUAGAUAUAGGCGGCUUCAUCUCGAACUGGUAUCAACUAAAUAGCAGGAUGAUAAUUGUACUAUUAUGUUUGAUUUCGUGGGUGUCUGCCGAACCUCCAAUUGGUGACGGCUACCCUGGACAUCGACAAUAUCUUCCUCCAGAUUUCUCUGAAGCACGAUCAAUUAAUGAGGCAAACGAAAUAUCCCAAAAUUACGGAUCACCCAGCGUCCGUGGUAUAUCUCAACAGUACGGUACACCUUUCACCAGAUCUUCAUCAUUGUACGGAACACCAAAUACUAGAAACAUUCCUAAAGAAUAUAGCACAGCAGGAUUUUCCCAAGAUAACUUAAGAUCUGGAGUAUCUCAAACUUAUGGUGAACCUAGAAACUCUCUUUCAGCUUACAAUGCCCCGCAAAGAUCUUACAGCAUUCCAGAGUCUAAUCGUCAUCCAGUUCAGAAAUACGGUCUUCCAAGAUUUGGUACCCAAUCAUCAAUCAACCAUAGAAGUUCUUACCAAAACCCUAUGGUUUCGUUAAGGAAUGAAGUUCCACAAACUUAUGGUGCACCUAGAUUAUCAACUGAAUACGGUGCCCCAGGAAUAGCUGCUAGAGAUUCUUAUUCUGAAGGUCUAUCUCGUUCUGUGUCGACUGUGUACGGAGCCCCGAAUGCAAGAACUCCUAUGGGAGAAUAUGGGACACCUGAAGUGAGGAGUACUGAUAAAACUAAUGCACUAGCUUCGUCUUAUUCAGGAAGAUCUUCGCAAGAUGGCUACGAAGCUUCACUCAGUGAUACAUCUGGUGGAUACAGUUACUCCAGAAGCGCUCUUGAGGAACUGCUCAACCAGGAACCCGCAAACUACGAAUUUGGAUACAAAGUAAGCGACUACAGCAGCGGCAGUGACUUCGGUCAUGUGGAGACGCGACAGGCGGAGAGAGCAGAGGGAUCUUACUUCGUGGUGCUACCUGAUGGUACCAAGCAGGUGGUGGAAUACGAGGCAGAUGAGCGUGGCUUCAAACCUCGUAUCUCAGUGGAAGCGGCAGAAACUGGACCUUACUGACAUUAUGUAGCUUCGCAAACUCCUCAAUAUAACGACCGUGGCUUGUGUGUU